UCAUUUUGUCUUGAUGUAUAGGUUUUUGACCAAUACCUCAAUUUCAUUACUUUGGAAGAUGACAUGUUUGUAUUAUGCAAUCAAAAUAAAGAGCUUGUUUCAUAUCGUGCCAUUAACAGAUCAGACAUAACAGAUACAGAAAUGGAGACCAUUAUGGAUACAAUUGUUGACAGUCUUUUCUGUUUUUUUGUUACACUUGGAGCAAUUCCAAUAAUUAGAUGUUCAAGAGGAACAGCAGCAGAAAUGGUGGCAGUGAAAUUGGAUAAGAAGCUCCGAGAGAACCUUAGAGAUGCCAGAAACAGCCUUUUCACUGGAGAUACACUUGGAGCUGGACAGUUCAGUUUUCAGAGACCUCUUUUAGUGCUUGUUGACAGAAACAUAGAUUUGGCAACUCCUCUACACCAUACUUGGACCUACCAAGCCUUAGUACAUGAUGUACUGGAUUUUCAUUUGAACAGAGUUGUUUUAGAAGAAUCUUCAGGAAUGGAAAAUUCUCUAGCAGGUGCUAGACCAAAGAAAAAAAAUAAAAAAUCAUAUGAUUUAACUGCAGCUGAUAAAUUUUGGCAGAAACAUAAAGGAAGCCCUUUUCCAGAGGUAGCAGAGUCCGUUCAGCAAGAGUUAGAAUCCUACAGAACUCAAGAAGACGAAGUCAAGCGGCUUAAAAGUAUAAUGGGGCUGGAAGGUGAAGAUGAAGGAGCAAUAAGUAUGCUGUCUGAUAAUACAGCUAAACUAACUUCAGCUGUUAGCUCUCUUCCGGAGCUUCUAGAAAAGAAAAGACUCAUAGAUCUUCAUACAAAUGUAGCAACAGCCAUUCUGGAACAUAUAAAGACUCGGAAACUAGACGUGUAUUUUGAAUAUGAAGAAAAAAUUAUGAGCAAGUCCACAUUGGAUAAAUCGCUUUUGGAUAUGAUUUCUGAUCCUGAUGCGGGAACAGCAGAAGACAAGAUCCGACUCUUUCUUAUCUAUUUCAUAAGUUCUGUACAGUUGCCUUCUGAGGCAGAUUUGGAACAGUACAAAAAAGCACUGACAGAUGCUGGAUGUAACCUUAGCCCUUUAAACUACAUUAAACAAUGGAAAGCUUUUGCCAAGAUGGCUUCAGGUCCAGCUAUGUAUGGAAACAGUGCAGCAAAGUCAUUGGGCCUUUUCUCACGUGUUAUGAAUACUGGAUCCCAGUUUGUGAUGGAAGGAGUCAAAAAUUUGGUACUAAAGCAGCAGAAUCUUCCAGUUACCCGCAUUUUAGAUAACCUUAUGGAGAUGAAGUCAAAUCCUGAGACAGAUGACUAUAGGUAUUUUGACCCUAAAAUGUUGCGAGGUAGUGACAGCUCAGUUCCAAGAAACAAAAAUCCAUUUCAGGAGGCAAUUGUAUUCGUAGUUGGAGGUGGCAAUUACAUUGAAUACCAAAACCUUGCUGAUUACAUAAAGGGCAAACAAGGUAAACAUGUCUUAUAUGGCUGCAGUGAACUCUUUAAUGCUGCACAGUUUUUAAAACAGCUUUCCCAACUUGGACAGAAAUAGGACAGAAAAAGAUCAUUUUGACAAAGUUUGAAGAAGAGAUCACGGUAGCCGAUAACAUCUUCACCUGUGCAUAUACUUACAUUUCAACUCAUUUAUUCAUAAUUUUUAUGAAAUAAUAUUCUGUACUUAUAAUGCAUUCCACAUGCAAAAAUAUACUUCAAAUAAAUUACAAAACUUGAGUUGUGCUCGCUGUAAUAGUUCAUGUCUGUUUCUUAUGUUCAUUUGUAGUUUGUCACAUUUGGAAUGUAACUCUUGUUGAUAUUCUGAGGAUGUGAUUAUUUUUUCUCUAAGCUACUAUAGGAACCUUUCUGAUUUU